AUGGCGGAAGCGGGAAAAGAGCGGGCGGUCGUGGGGCUUCCAGAAUUGGGGUCCACUCAGUGGCCUCUGCAGCGGUAUGGCCGCUUCAUGCCCGCCGGGGCCGGAGAGUCGCCAGUGCCUGGUUUGGAAGCGGGGACAGCGUCUUCUCAGAACUGGAAGGUCUUUGAGUCCAGUGAAGAAUCCGGGUAUCUUGUUCUCACCAUAGUCGUCUCGGGUCAUCUGUUCAUUUCUCAAGGACAAACACUACUGGAAGGGUUUUCACUCAUUGAUAGCAAGAACUGGCUGAAGGUUGUACGGCGCGUGGAUUGUCUCUUGUUCGGAACAACAAUAAAGAGCAAAAGCCGCAUGUUCCGGGUACAGUUUAGUGGUGAGUCAAAGGAGCAGGCACUGGCACGCUGCUGCAGCUGUGUGCAAAGCCUGGCCCAAUACAUCACCGUCCAAGUCCCUGAAGGAAUCGUCCAGGAGCUCCGGCCACCCAAGGCAGGUGAAAGCCAAGGGCAGGACUGGGUGGAGAGUGCCCCGCAGCAGCCUGGGACCCCAGCGCAGCUGCUGCCACCUGCGCCGAGAUCACCAGGCUCAAGUGGCCCACGGGAGAGGACAUCGGUGACCCGCUUAGCUCAGUCUCUCCUGGCGUCAGAGGAGCUGCCCCUUGCCUAUGGGCAGUCUGCCUGGGGCGCUGGCGAUCUUGGCCCUUUCCUCCGCUCAUGCCUUCUGGACCAGCAUUUCCCAGCAUUUGUAGAAGAGGUGGAGAAGGAACUAAAAAAGUUGACAGGGUUGAGAGAUUAAAGUGCUGUGCACAGAUGUAACAAGAUACUAGAAUAAAAAGCAAUAUUCCCAA